AUGUCAUCUGCAGAUUCACAGACACUGCCAUGCUCACGAUCGUUAGCAGAUAUACGUGCUGAGCAAAGCGAUCAGUUGGAUCGGUUGAGAUCACGGCUGAGCGAUGUGAAUAUGCGUGAUUUGGUACCGUUACUGGUCGCUAGACAUGUGCUGCGAAGUCAUGAAAUGGGUGCUGUCUAUUCAAAGGAAGAUCGUACCGAACAAGCGGAUAAAUUAAUUGAAAUCUUAAAAACAAAAAACCACUGGCUUGGACCAAUGAUCGACGCACUGAUCCGCAAUGGACAAGCGGCACUAGCCGAAGAAUUCCUACAUAUGCCAGCAUCACCAACCAAGAAGAAUGCUGCAUGA